AUGUUGGGGUUAGGAAGAAGAUUUAUAAUAAGGUCAUCUUCGUCCACUUUCGCCGGAUCGAAUUCAAUCGUGGCGUCACUCACAUCUAAUCCAUCAUUCAUCAAUAAUCAUAGAUCAUUCAGUAAUAGUGUUAUAAGUCAUAGUAUUUUUGGAGAUUUAACUCAAGCUAAAGAAACUAAUAUUAAAGAACUUGAAUUACAAAAGAAAAAAGAUGAUAUAACAUCUGAAGAAGGGAAAGAUUCUAUUGAAGAAAGUAGUUUAAGUUUAGCUGAACAAGAUAAAGAUUUACAACAAUAUUAUUUAGAAGAAGCUCAUAAAGCUCAAAUUAAAAUUGAAAAGUAUAUUACUCCAUUAAAACAAGAAUUAUUUAAUCAAGUUGUUUCCAAAUAUGGAUUCUAUAAAAAUAAUAAAGUCAUUAAUAAUAAUUCGAAUGAUAAACUUUAUAAACUUUCAUUAAAUAAAGAAGAAAUUGAAUUAUUAGAACCAUCAAUUUAUUUAAAAUCAUAUCGUAUUAAAUCAUCAUUAAAGAAAGCUACUCAAGUGAAUCGUUUUGUUCGAGGAUUAAAUGUUAAAAAUGCUAUAAAUCAAUUACAUUUCAAUCCAAAAAAGAUGUCUACAGAAUUAGAAAUUUUAUUAAAGAGAGGAAUUAAACAAGCACAAGAAUUAGGUAUUGAUGAAGAUUCACUUUAUAUUGAUAGUUUAUGGGUUGGAAGUGAUGGAGAUUGGAGAAAAAGACCUGAUUGGAAAGGUAGAGGUAGAGUUGGACUUAUAAAACAUUCAUGGGUUCAUUUAAAAGUGGUUUUAAAAACCAAUCAAACUCAAUUAAGAAGACAAUGGGAAAAAGAUCAAAAUUAUUUAAAGCCAAGAAUGUUUUUAAAUAAUGAACCAUUGAAUUUCAAAGUAAGACCUUAUUAUAAGUGGUAG